AGAUGCCCUUCGAAGGAGCCCGGCUGAGCAUGAGGAGCAGGAGGAACGGUGGCCUGGGCAGCACACGCACCCUGUACUCCAGCGUGUCUCGGAGCACAGAUGUGUCCUACAGCGAAAGCGAGCUGGUGGAUUUCAUCCAAGCAAAUUUUAAGAAACGGGAAUGUGUCUUCUUUACCAAAGACUCAAAGGCCACGGACAGCGUGUGCAAGUGUGGCUAUGCCCAGAGCCAGCACAUCGAGGGCACCCAGAUCAACCACAACGAGAAGUGGAAUUACAAGAAGCACACCAAGGAGUUUCCCACCGACGCCUUUGGGGACAUCCAGUUUGAGACCCUGGGGAAGAAAGGAAAGUAUAUCCGCUUGUCCUGCGACACGGACGCCGAGACCCUGUAUGAGCUCCUGACUCAGCAUUGGCACCUGAAAACUCCCAACUUGGUUAUUUCCGUCACUGGCGGCGCCAAGAACUUCGCCCUGAAGCCGCGCAUGCGCAAGAUCUUCAGUCGUCUGAUCUACAUCGCUCAGUCAAAAGGUGCUUGGAUUCUCACUGGAGGCACCCACUACGGCCUGAUGAAGUACAUUGGUGAGGUGGUGAGAGACAACACAAUCAGCCGGAACUCGGAGGAAAACAUUGUGGCCAUUGGCAUAGCGGCGUGGGGCAUGGUCUCCAACCGGGAUACCCUCAUCAGGAAUUGCAAUGCUGAGGGAUAUUUUUCAGCCCAGUACAUCAUGGAUGAUUUCAAGAGGGAUCCUCUGUACAUCCUAGACAACAACCACACUCAUCUGCUGCUGGUGGACAACGGCUGUCAUGGUCAUCCCACCGUGGAAGCCAAGCUCCGGAACCAGCUGGAGAAGUACAUCUCUGAGCGCACCAGUCAAGAUUCCAACUAUGGCGGCAAGAUCCCCAUUGUUUGCUUUGCUCAAGGAGGUGGACGGGAGACUCUGAAAGCCAUCAACACCUCCAUCAAAAGCAAGAUUCCCUGUGUGGUGGUGGAAGGCUCGGGGCAGAUCGCCGAUGUGAUUGCCAGCCUGGUAGACCUGGAGGACACCCUGACCUCCUCCAUGGUCAAGGAGAAGCUCGUGCGCUUCCUGCCUCGCACGGUGUCCCGGCUGCCCGAGGACGAGACUGAGAGCUGGAUCCGAUGGCUCAAAGAAAUUCUUGAAAGUUCUCACCUGUUAACAGUUAUUAAAAUGGAAGAAGCUGGAGAUGAAAUCGUGAGCAAUGCCAUUUCCUAUGCUCUGUACAAAGCCUUUAGCACCAACGAGCAAGAUAAAGACAAUUGGAAUGGGCAGCUGAAGCUGCUGCUGGAGUGGAACCAGCUGGACCUGGCCAGCGAUGAGAUUUUCACCAAUGACCGCCGCUGGGAGUCUGCAGACCUUCAAGAAGUCAUGUUCACGGCUCUCAUAAAGGACAGGCCCAAGUUUGUCCGCCUCUUCCUGGAGAACGGCCUGAACCUGCAGAAGUUUCUCACCAAUGACGUCCUCACCGAGCUCUUUUCCAACCACUUCAGUACCCUGGUGUACCGGAACCUGCAGAUUGCCAAGAACUCCUACAAUGAUGCCCUGCUCACAUUUGUGUGGAAGCUGGUUGCCAACUUCCGAAGAGGCUUCUGGAAGGAAGACAGAAGCAGCAGGGAUGACUUGGAUGUGGAACUCCACGACGUGUCCUUCAUUACUCGGCACCCCUUGCAAGCUCUCUUCAUCUGGGCCAUUCUUCAGAACAAAAAGGAACUCUCCAAGGUCAUCUGGGAGCAGACCAGGGGCUGUACCCUGGCAGCGCUGGGAGCCAGCAAGCUCCUGAAGACACUGGCAAAGGUGAAGAACGACAUCAACGCUGCUGGGGAGUCUGAGGAACUGGCAAAUGAGUACGAGACCCGCGCCGUGGAGCUGUUCACGGAGUGUUACAGCAGUGACGAAGAUUUGGCCGAGCAGCUGCUGGUCUACUCCUGUGAAGCCUGGGGUGGGAGCAACUGCCUGGAGCUGGCUGUGGAGGCCACCGACCAGCACUUCAUCGCCCAGCCUGGGGUGCAGAAUUUCCUUUCCAAGCAGUGGUAUGGAGAGAUCUCACGGGACACCAAGAACUGGAAGAUUAUUCUGUGCCUGUUCAUUAUACCCUUGGUGGGCUGUGGCUUUGUAUCGUUUAGGAAGAAGCCUGUUGACAAGCACAAGCGGCUGCUGUGGCACUACGUGGCCUUCUUCACCUCCCCAUUCGUGGUCUUCUCGUGGAACGUGGUCUUCUACAUCGCCUUCCUGCUGCUUUUUGCCUACGUGCUGCUCAUGGACUUUCACUCCGUGCCACACACGCCUGAGCUCAUCCUCUAUGCCCUGGUCUUUGUAUUAUUCUGUGAUGAAGUGAGACAGUGGUACAUGAACGGCGUGAAUUACUUCACUGACCUGUGGAAUGUGAUGGACACCCUGGGCCUGUUCUACUUCAUAGCAGGAAUCGUGUUCCGCCUUCAUCCCUCCAAUAAAAGCUCCUUGUACUCUGGGCGCGUCAUUUUCUGCCUGGAUUAUAUCAUCUUCACCUUGAGGCUGAUCCACAUCUUCACUGUGAGCAGAAACUUGGGCCCCAAGAUCAUCAUGUUGCAGAGGAUGCUGAUCGACGUGUUUUUCUUCCUGUUCCUCUUUGCGGUGUGGAUGGUGGCCUUCGGUGUGGCCAGGCAAGGGAUCCUGCGGCAAAACGAGCAACGCUGGAGGUGGAUUUUCCGCUCAGUCAUCUAUGAACCAUACUUGGCCAUGUUUGGCCAGGUGCCCAGUGACGUGGACGGUACCACGUAUGACUUUGCACACUGUACCUUCACCGGAAACGAGUCGAAGCCGCUGUGCGUGGAACUGGACGAACAGAACCUGCCACGCUUCCCCGAGUGGAUCACCAUCCCCCUCGUGUGCAUCUACAUGCUGUCCACCAACAUCCUGCUGGUCAACCUGCUGGUCGCCAUGUUCGGCUACACUGUGGGCACUGUGCAGGAGAACAACGACCAGGUGUGGAAGUUCCAGAGGUACUUCCUGGUGCAGGAGUACUGCAACCGGCUCAACAUCCCCUUCCCCUUCGUCGUCUUCGCCUACUUCUACAUGGUGGUGAAGAAGUGCUUCAGCUGCUGCUGCAAGGAGGAAAACAUGGAGUCUUCCGCCUGCUGUUUCAGAAAUGAAGACAACGAGACGCUGGCAUGGGAGGGGGUCAUGAAGGAAAAUUAUCUCGUCAAGAUCAACACGAAAGCCAAUGACACCUCAGAGGAAAUGAGACACCGCUUCAGACAACUGGACACGAAGCUUAAUGAUCUCAAGGGCCUUCUGAAGGAAAUUGCUAAUAAAAUCAAAUGAAACUGCAUGAGCUCUAAUGGAGAAAACCCUAAUUACAGCCAGGUGACAUUUAGGAGCGCUGAAGAAUGAUUUCGCUAGUGACUACUAA